AAUUUCUCUAAGUCAAUACUCAGUAAUAGAGUCAACUUUAUACACAUAUUAAAUUACAUAAAAGCCUCUUUGUUUUCAUUCUUUCUACACAUCUCUCUCUCUCUCUCUCUCUAGGAAGCUCAUUGAUCCUCUCUCCACCAUACAAAUGGAUUCUUCUCCCUUUAUCAUUGGUGCUGCUGCUGCAAAAGACAAAGAAAUCGAUUCGUCUUCUUCAUCUUCCUUGUCUCCUUCAUCAGUUCCUCCAUCUUCUUCGUCUCAGAAGUGGAUACACGACGUCUUUCUGAGCUUCUGCGGGGAAGAUGUCCGCCGAGAAUUUGUCAGUCAUAUUCUCAAGGAGUUUCAAAGACAGGAGAUCACACCACCAUUCAUUGGUAGUGAGAGCAAAGGAGGAGUAUUCAACGGUCAUGAACUCAUCAUACGGGCGAUUAGAGGAUCUAAGAUCAUGAUCAUCGUUGUUUCUAAGGACUAUGCUUCUUCAAAGUGGCAUCUUGACGAAAUGGUGGAGAUUAUGAAGUGUAGGGAAGAGUCGGAUCAAACUGUGAUGGUCAUUUUCUAUAAAGUAGAUCCAUCUGAUCUAAAUAAGCUGACCGGAGAUUUUGGAGAGGUUUUUUUGAAAACCUGUGUGGGAGAAAGUAAGGAGGACACUGAGAAAUGGAGAAAAGCCUUGGCGAAAGUGGCCAAAAUCGCUGGGUACUGUUCAAGAAACUGUGAUAAUGAAGCUGCCAUGAUCGAAAAAUUCGCCACUAAUGUUAAAAAGGAGCUGAUCAACUAUGCGCCAUCAAGUGAUUUUGACGUUUUAGAGACGACGAAACCAUUCUUAGACCUGGAGUCCGAUGACGUGAAUAUGAUAGGGAUUUGGGGUCCAUCAGGAAUAGGUAAAAUCACAAAACCAUGUAACGACAUCACGGAACAGCAAUUACAUAAAGAGAUUUUGCCUCGAAGUAUAAUAAACCCGGAGGAUGUCAAGAUUCAUCAUUUAGGAGUUGGGCAAGACUGGUUAAAAGACAAGAAGAGAGUGUUUAUUGUUCUCGCUGGUGCGUAUCAGCCGGCGGAACUAGAUGCCAUGGCGAACGAAGCUGGGUUGGAUGGUCCUGAAAGUCAGAUUAUCAUCACUACGCAAAAUAAAAAGCUUUUGAAUUAUCAUGGGAUUAGCCAUAUGUGUGAGGUGGGUCAGUCACCUGAUGAUGAAGCUUUUCAGAAAUAUUUCAUGAAUGAUCCAGGUCAAAAGUCUUCUUCAUCUUCAUCAGUUCCUCUGUCUUCUUUGCCUCAUAACUGGACACACAACAUCUUUGCAAGCUUCCGCGGGAAAGAUGUCCGUGAAGACUUUCUCAGUCAUAUUCACAAGGAGUUUCGAAGAAAAGGAAUCAAACUGUUCAUCGAUAAUGAGAUCAAGAGAGGAAAAUCCAUCGGUCCCGAACUCAUAGGUGCGAUUAGAAAAUCUACGAUCUCAAUCAUCUUUCUCUCGAGGAACUACGCUUCUUCAAAGUGGUGUCUUAAUGAACUGGUGGAGAUCAUGAAAUGGAGGGAAGAGUUAUAUCGACCUGUGAUUCCCAUUUUUUAUAAAAUAGUUCCAUCUGAUGUAAAAAACCUCACUGGAGAUUUUGGGAAGGCUUUCAUAAAAACUUGUGCUGGUACAAGUAAGGAGGACAUUGAAAGAUGGAGACAAGCAUUAGCGAAAGUGGCCACAAUAGCGGAUUGUUACGAUUCAAGCCACUGGGAAAAUGAUGCGGCCAUGAUCGAACAACUUGCCAGUCGUGUUUCAGACAUGAUGAAUCUUGUGCCAUCAAGGAAUUUUGAUAAUUUAGUUGGUAUGAAUGCUCAUAUCGAAAAUUUAAAACGAUUCUUACGCCCAGAUGACUCACGCAAUGUGAGAAUUAUUGGGAUUUGGGGUCCUUCUGGAAUAGGUAAGAGCACCAUCGCCAAAGUUCUAUUUGGAGAAUACUCGCAAGAGUUCCAACUCAGUGCAUUCAUGGCUAAUGUCAAAACACGUUAUCCAAUCCGUUCUCAUGAUAAUAUUGGUCAUAAAUUAAAGCUAAAGAUGAAACUACAGGUAGAUUUUUUGUCACAAAUACGUAACCAGCAGGAUAUCCAGAUUCGGCAUUUAGGAAAUGUAGAAGAAAGAUUACGAUACAAGAAAGUGUUUGUCGUUAUUGAUGAUGUGGAUUGUUUGGAGCAACUAGAUGCCAUAACAGGACUGUUUAGUUGCUAUGGUCCUGGAAGUAUGAUUAUCGCUACAGCGCAAGAUUUACACCUUUUUAAAGCAAAGGGGAUUGACCAAGUUUACAAGGUGGAUUUUUCCACUUUUUUUGAGGCUGUUCAAAUCUUCUGCAUCUAUGCUUUUGGUCAAAGGGUUACGUUUGAUGGUUUUGAGAAUAUUGCUAUGGAAAUUACGAAACUUACAGGUAACCUUCCUUUGGGAUUGAAGGUUCUAGGCUCUUUUCUGCGGGGAAUGUCUCUGCAGGAGUGGAAGACACACCUACCAACGUUAAAGAUUAACCUUAAUGGAGAUAUUGAAAACGUUUUGAAGUUCACUUACGAUGUCUUAUCUGAUAAAGAUAAAAAAAUAUUUCUUCAUAUAGCCUGCUUUUUCAAUUAUGAACCGAUUGAGAAAGUGGAAGAGCAUCUAGCAUCGAAAUUCAGUGAUGUGAGACGAAAUCUUAAAGUCUUAUCGGAAAAAUCUCUCAUCUCUAUCAGCUCGGGAUAUGUUAAGAUGCAUGAUCUGCUAGAAAAGUUGGGUAGAGAUAUUGUUCGUAAACAAUGUUGUCAGGACCCAGGGAAGCGCAUGUUUUUGGUUGAUAGCAAAGAUACAUGCAAAGUACUGAGUAGUGAUACAAUAGAUAAUGGAACAGUUUUAGGCAUAAAUUCCAAAUAUUCUGAGAACAUGGAUGAGUUAAUUAGAAGUGGUAGAGCCUUUGGGAACAUGCAUAAUCUCCAUUUCUUAAGGCUCCACGGUAAUGAUAUUCACCCGAGACCGUACUUACCACAAAGUCUAACUCUAAUAUAUCGAGAAAUAUUUCUACCUCGAGGAGUUAGAUUACUACAUUGGGAAUGCUUCCCGAUGACAUGCAUGCCUUAUCCAUUCACUAUGGAGUCCCUCAUCGAACUAAACAUGUCUUACAGCCAGCUUAAGAAGUUGUGGAAAGGAUAUUAUGUGAUUAAAAAUCUCAAGUGGAUGGAUUUAAAAUGUUCCAAAAACCUUGAGGAGCUUCCUGAUCUCUCAACUGCUAUUAAUCUCCAAGAACUGAAUCUUGAGGAUUGCUCAAGUCUGGUGGAGCUCCCCUCUUCUUUGGGAAGUGCCACUAAUCUCAAGAUAUUGAAUCUCAGUGGAUGCUCAAAUCUUGAGGCGCUCCCAUCAUCUAUUGGUAAUGCUGCUAAUAUCAGGGAAUUGUUUCUCCGAAGUUGCUCAAGGUUGGUGAAGCUCCCCUCCUCUAUUGGGAAUAUCACCUGCCUCAAGGAUUUGAAUCUUUCAGGAUGCUCAAGUCUUGUUAAACUUCCCACCUCUAUUGGGAAUAUCAUCGGUCUCAAGAAUUUGAUUCUUUCAGAAUGUUCAAGAUUGGUGGAGCUCCCUUCCACUAUUGGGAAUAUCACCGGUCUCAAGAAUUUGGUUCUUUCAGAGUGCUCGAGUCUUGUUGAGCUCCCCUCCUCUAUUGGGAAAAUCAAAUUUCUCAAGAAUCUGAAUAUUUCAUAUUGCUCGAUUCUUAAGGUGCUCCCCUCCUCUAUUGGCAAUAUCAAUCUUGAGAAACUGUAUCUAAAUGGAUGUUCAGUGCUAGAGGCCCUUCCGAUUAACAUCAACAUGGAAUCUCUCGAUGUACUUGAUCUCGCUGGUUGCUCUAUGUUAAAAAAAUUUCCUGAGAUCUCCACAAGUAUUAGAGUUCUAAUACUCAAUGGUACUGCAAUAGAAGAAGUUCCUUCAUCAAUCAGGUCAUGGUCUCGACUUGAUGACUGGCAUAUGUCAUAUAGUGAAAACCUCAAGAAAUUCCCGCACGCUUUUGACUUCAUCACAGAGCUGCACUUGAGCGACACAAGAAUACAAGAAAUUGCUCCAUGGGUCAAGCGAAUAUCCCGUCUACGUGUACUUGUAAUCAAGGGAUGCACGAAGCUGGUUUCUCUUCCAGAGCUUCCAGACUCCUUAUCAUUCCUAAAUGCAGAAAACUGUGAGUCCCUCGAGAGGCUGCAUUGCUCUUUCCACACUAUCAAGUUUAUAGGCCUCAACUUUGUUAACUGCUUCAAAUUGAAUCAAGAAGCGAGGGACCUUAUCAUCAAGACAUCGGCUUGUAGGUUUUCACUCUUUCCCGGAGAAAAAGUGCCUACAUACUUCACUUACCUAGCCACCGGGGAUUCCCUUUCAAUGAAAUGGAAUGGAAUUGAUAAGCAGCACCCUAGAUCCUUGAAUUUUAAGGCUUACGUCUUGCUGGUUAAUAAGGGUGACACUAAGGUUGGUGGGAAGAUGGUGGGUGUAUCUUAUUGCCUCAAGGAGAAGAUUAAUGGUGAUAAUGUUAACCGUAGAUCAAGAAGAUACCACCACGGAUCUCCACUUCUAAAGGAACACUUGUACACAUUCCAUGUCGAAGAAAAGGUGAGCUCCAACGAAUUUUCCUUUGAGUUCGAAGUCUACGAUAAGGAAUGGGAGAUUGGAGAAUGCGGGCUAAAUUUGGUUCCAAUGAUAAGUAUUGAGAGAAAAGAGUUUGUUGCUGAGCUGGCAGCAGAAAGGAAGAGAAGAAGAAGAAGUUAGUAGAAGAAAUAGAUAGUAGUAUAAAUAGCGAGUAGAGUCUAUUGUAAAGAGGCAUCCUACGUGAUCAAGGUCUCUGUUCAUGGUGAUAAGAGAGGAGAACCGUAACUCCGAUCUUAUCAGUUAGGGUUCAUCGUUUGUAUUAGGGAUUGAGAAGAGAUCUCACCUUCAAUCUUAUCAUCCAACACUUUAAUUCCCUCAUGUUGAUGGACGCUGAAAAAAACAGAGAGAGAAAAAAACUACAAUUUCGUUGGUUGAUGUGCAUUUUUGUUCUGUAUUUGUGUGAUUUUGGGUUCAUGUCUGAUUGAAGUAGCGGAUGAAUUCACGAAUGUGUGCAUGUAUCUGCAUUAGUGAUGCAUUCCCGCUAUGCAUUGAACAAACAAUUGCUCUUAUUUAUUGCAACCUUUGUUUUGUCCU